AAAACGAAACCGGACUGCGUUUUCAAUCAGCCCCGAUGCUCAUCGACUCUCUCUCCGUCUCUCCCAUGGCUCCACCCCGCCUCGCCUCCUCCUCCUCCUCCUCCUCCUCCUCCUCCUCCAUCGUUCCGCUCUCUCAAACCCUAAACCAAACCCUAACGCUAAUCUACCCGCAUCCCCGCCGUCUCGCCUUCAAAUCCCGCCAUCCCCCACCUGGGCUCUCGUAUUCCCCUCCCCUCCGCCUCUCCUGCACCUCCGCCGUCGCCGCAUCCGCCUCCAUGUUCCCGUCGGAGGACCUCGUCGAGAGGGACUGGUCCUUCCUCGAGCCCGACUCCGUCGGCUACGACCAGGAGUGGGCCGAAAAGGCCCGCCGGAUUAUCGCGGCCGGCCAGAUCCACGAGGGCUCCCGGGUCCUCGCCGCCCUCCCCACCAUCGGCUUCGCCGGCCUACUCGCUGACCUCUCCCCAUGUGAGCUCCUCCUGGCCACCCACGAGUCCCUCUUCGUGCUCGCCAUGAUCAAGGAGAGCCACGACCGGGUCCGGUGCUGGCAGGGGGAGAUCGCCGCCGUGCCGGAGAGGUUCUCGCCCUUCGAUGUUGUGUUCGCGUGCUACUUUCCCGGGUUGGGCGUUUCUGUCGACCAGCUCUUGACCUUGCUACCUGGGAGAUGCUCUCCAGGUGCAAGACUGGUCAUUGGCUUUGAUCGAGGGAGGGAAAUCAUCGAGCAAAAUCAUCGGCAGCAAUAUCCAGAUAUGGUCACUUUUGACUUGCCUGACAAAAUAACUUUAGCCAAGGCAGCCACUGAUCAUUCGUUUCAGAUAACAGAAUUUGUUGAUGAACCUACGUUUUACCUUGCUGUAUUGAGACUUCAGGAACGGGGAAUCCCAAAUCAGUAAAUGCUGUGUAUGUUUUUUUAACUUGAUGUCUAGUGGAUGUCUUUUGUAUUGGAAAUACAUGAUCUUAACUGUAAUCCAAUAAAACUAUGUUUCCUUUCCCACCA